AUGACUACUUCAAGCAAAAACCAAAAUGCAUUAGGUCUUCUCGGUGCAGCUGCAUUACAAAAGGUGUUUGGAUCAUUCCGCAUGCUUACAUAUGAUGUUCCAGCUGAUUCAAUGGAUGAAGUUGUGAGGAUUGCAGAGAGCACCAUGGUCACCACUAUUUCAGAGGCUAAAAUCAGGGACAUCACCACCCGUGAGUGCGUGAUCAAUGGUAACAAGUACACCAUGGGAUACUACCUUAUAGAUGGGAUCUACCCUACUUGGGCAACUUUUGUGAAGAGCUAUAACAAUCCUCAAGGGAACAAGAGAGUACAGUUUACAAAAGCUCAAGAAGCGGUGAGAAAGGAUGUGGAGAGAGCAUUUGGUGUCCUUCAAGCACGAUUUGCUAUGGUGAGGGGUCCUACUAGAUUUUGGGAUAAGGACACUUUAUGGUACAUAAUGACAUCUGCUGUUAUCUUGCACAACAUGAUCAUUAAGAAUGAGCGAGACGAAGAAGUGGAUUACGACUAUAAUCAAGAUGGUGGUGAAGUGCUCAGGCCAGAGGAAUACCAACAUCGCCAUCCACUUGUAAUUGAGAACUUCCUAAAGAUACAUCUUGAGAUUGAGGACAAGGAGACUCGUGUGAAGCUUCGAGAUGAUCUCGUGGAACAUUUGUGGGCACAUCAUAGCGCUAGCUAG